AGCGCCUAACGAAGGUAACGCGAACUAACUUCGGUCAUUACUCGGUCAACAGGGUUUGCUUUAGACUUCCUUGCUUUGAUGCGAACGAUCUCCUGCGGUGACUGGCGGACCGAUGCGAGAACGGCCUACACCUCUGCUCACAUUCUCUGAACCACCUGCUCGACCUAUCACUCGAGAAUUCACCCCUACCUACGACGAUGAUAAACCACUAAGACGUUGGUAUCACAAUGUUCCUCUUUAUGGUGUCAUCGCUCUUCUUGUGUCCCCGCAUCCCUCCCUUUUAUUUGUUCUCAUUCAGCAUUACCUCGUCGUUCUUAAAACGCCUCUCAAAUUCACUGUUCAUCUCCUCGUAAUUUAUACCCUUACAUUCAUGAUGUUCUCAUCCCUCAUCGUCCUUGUCGCACGCGAUCCUGGGCCAGUCACUUUCGAAGAACCGCAAAGUGAUGGCAAUGCGGAAGAAGUGGGUCUCACAGAAGCUUUAAUGUCUCCAGACUUUCUUGCGCCUGGAAGGUUUUGUCGUAUUUGUUGGACUUCAAAACCUGACAGGACCCACCAUUGUUCUUUCUGUGGACGAUGUGUUCUGAAGAUGGAUCACCACUGCCCAUGGCUCGGGAAUCGGUGCAUCGGUCAUCGCACCUAUCCAGCCUUUUUGCAUUUCCUGCUGUGCAUCACUUUGCUUGCUAUGUACGUAGCAGUUCUAUGCGGACAUGCCCUCUAUUAUGCAUUCAACAACCCUUACACUGAUGAAUUUUCACCCGUUCAUGAGAUCGGCUUGGUCUUCGCUGGAGUGACUUUCACCCUAGUUAUUGGCUCGUUCUUCGUCUAUCACCUCUAUCUGGUCUCAACAAAUCAAACAACGUUAGAACAUAUCACACCUUUCCUUCUUUUGCGUUACCUACCCGCAUUACCACACAUGGAGUCCAGUCAUGCACUAUCCGAUCCUCCACUCGAGCACGAACUGUCUUAUAGACAAAGGAGGUUGAUUAAAGAAGCUCAUGGUUAUGUACGAGUAUAUGAUAUUGGCUUUCGAAGGAAUUGGAUACAAGUAGUGGGAUGGAAGGGACCUUACGGCUUGAUGACGCGGUUGCUUUGUGGAGGUGGCAGCAUGGGAGAUGGGAAAUCCUUUCCUCGUGCAACAAAUGUUGAAGAACGUUUAGCAAUUCUGGCCCAAAAAUUGGUGCAAGACAAGUGAUUAAUUCACUUCUUCUAAUAGGUUCACGAUAUACCUGGAUUGUAAUACUUAUUUAUAUUGGACGAUUCUUCGCGCAGAAACCUCUUGUGCAUCACUGUUUAUAUGUUCGGAUAUACUGUAUCCACUCUUCUUUGUAUCCUUGGAAGACCGUGAAUAGCGGGUACCAACGUGUCUUACCUCUACCUUAGGCUUACAAAUGGAUCUGACCUUUGGAAGAAUAAGUGACAAAGCACUCACUUUGCUUUUGGUCUGGACUCUGCAGGACGCGGGGUUGCACGGCUUCUCGCAUCAUCUGAGGAUGUCUCUGCGGGAAG